GUGAUUGGUUGAGGCGCAUCGGAAGGCUCGGGUCUGCGCUAAUACAAAGAUACGAACUAAAAGCACCGACUAGACUGAACUAACGCUCAAAGACAUGGACACAUACGGAAGUGACAUCAGGGCGUGUUAAUAUCCGCUAUACAGUCCCGGGAUCACUUAGUUUAUGAAUAUGUAUCGUAUAAACCUGAUAUUACUCAUUAGGAAUAGCUUAAAUGAAUGAGGAAGCGCGUUUUUUGCCACCGGUUCGCUUCGUGUACUUGAAGCGACAGCAGUAACAUCAUGGUCGCUGGUGAGCUUGUCCAGGAGCAUGUGCGAGCGGAUAGCGGCGCAGCACCUGACCAUCGCAGCCCAUCCAUGAUCUCCAUCACCCGGAAGAGCCCCGAAUCCGAGCCGGGGAGAGACGAAGUGGCCGCGGGUUCGGAGCAGCACCAGACAACGGCCCCUGGAGAUCAGCCCGGAGAUACGGAGACAGAGGCGGAUGAAUGCGACGCGAUGCUGCCCAACGGAGCUGGCUCGAAAUCACCUGACAAAAGACCAGAAGACCAGGAGGAGUCCGGAACUAUAGAGACAAAACUUUAUCUGCGAAGAUUUGCUGUUUUGACUGUGUUCAGCCUUUACUCUCUAGUCAACGCUUUCCAAUGGAUUCAAUACAGCAUCAUCACAAACGUCUUCACUCAUUUCUAUGGGGUGCAGAAUUCUAAAAUUGACUGGCUGUCUAUUAUUUAUAUGGUGGCCUAUGUGCCGCUAAUUUUCCCUGCUACAUGGCUGUUGGACCGCAGAGGGCUCAGGCUAACAGCGCUGCUUGGAUCCGGGAUAAACUGUGCAGGAGCAUGGCUAAAGUGUGCUAGCGUUAGCCCGGAUCUGUUCUGGUUGACAUUCACAGCACAAUCAAUAUGUUCAGUAGCACAGGUAUUUAUUCUGGGGCUACCAUCAAGAAUCGCCUCCGUUUGGUUUGGACCCAGCGAGGUAUCAACAGCGUGUGCUACAGCUGUGUUAGGAAACCAGUUGGGGACAGCCAUUGGUUUCCUGUUACCUCCAGUCCUGGUCCCAAACACUCCUGACAGCCAAGAGCUCACCACACACAACAUCCAAACCAUGUUCUAUGGCACCGCUGCAGUCUCCACGGGACUGUUUCUGCUCGCACUGAUAGUGAUUAAGGACCGGCCUCUGAAGCCUCCGAGCCAGGCACGGGCUGUUUUGUCUGACUCUCUUCCUGAAGACUACUCCUACAGACAGUCCAUCUGCAACCUUUUCAGGAACAAGGCCUUCUUGUUGCUGCUUAUCAGCUACGGUAUAAUGACAGGUUCUUUCUACUCUGUUUCCACUCUUCUGAACCAGAUGAUUAUAGACUGCUACGAGGGCCAGGAGUUGAAUGCUGGUCGUAUUGGUUUGACUCUAGUCGUCGCUGGGAUGGUGGGCUCUAUUCUCUGUGGACUAUGGCUUGAUCACACCAAGACAUACAAAAUGACCACUCUGAUUGUGUAUUUCCUCUCCUUCAUCGGGAUGCUGGUCUUUACGUUCACAUUGGACCUGAACAACAUCUACCUGGUGUUCGUCACAGCAGGAGUCCUCGGAUUCUUCAUGACUGGGUACCUACCUCUGGGUUUUGAGUUUGGUGUGGAGAUCACAUACCCAGAAUCGGAGGGCACGUCAUCUGGGCUGCUCAAUGCUUUUGCACAGAUUUUUGGGAUCAUCUUCACUCUGAUUCAGGGCAGACUCACCACAGACUAUGGGCCGUUGUACGGAAACCUCUUCCUCUGCGCGUGGAUUUUCCUUGGCAUCAUUCUCACUGCAUUAAUCAAAUCUGAAUUGAAGCGACACAAUGUAAACAUGGGGUUGAAAAAUAAAGAUCGGGAACUGCUUCCAGUGGAAUGCCCAGCUGAAGAAAAAUCCAAUGAUUUGAUGAUUCCAGCUUCAUUUAGUUUCUCCAGAGAAACUUCAAUAUAAAGUACAACAAUAUAAGAGGACUAUGAUGCAAGACUAAAUCCAGAGAAGAAUUGUACAAAAUCGGAUCUUUGGGAGCCCAGUUUCAAUUUAUAGCAACAAAAAUGGAAAACUACACUGUAAAACAAGAUUUAACCCAAAGAAAUGCAAAUAAGACCUAUGGACAUAUAGCUAUUUAUUUGGACUAUUUAAUAUUGUGCGAAACAAUAGUCAAUGGUGAUGCUUGAUUUUUCGAGUUGAAAGUCUGAAGUUAUGGCUAACUGACAGAGCCAGUGUUUCCUGAGUUACUUGAAUAUCUUGCUAAUAUCUAUGUAUAAUACUGUAAAUACUGUUAUCAUUUAGCAGUUUUUUAUUUGUAAUGUAGCACUUCAGAGAUUAUUUUCGUAACAUACUACUUUGAUGGAAGCAUUGGACAGAUAUGCAAAGAAGCAACUGAGGAAGUUUGUGCAUGGACAAAUGGACGUUGGAGAGACUUUUGUUUUGAUUUUGCUAUGGAGUCUUGGCACAUAUUUUGAAUAUUGGUUUGCCAUGCACAAGUGUUCGAAAAACUGUGUCCAAUUGGAAGACACGCCUAAAGCAAGCUGUGAACAAUGCAACAUGGGGCCAUGUCUCAAGUUUGGACAAAUAGUGUAAUAGUUUAGCAAUGAAUGGAUGUCAAGAGAAUUGCAACACAUAUCAUGUUCUGAUAAGUGGUAGUUUGGCUCUAGAUGCACUUUGCUGAAGGAACAACUAUCAAACAAUUAUGUGAUCGAAUUAAAUUAUUCAUACUAUGUAUAAUACUGGAGGUACGUGCUCCUUGUACUGCCCCAUCAACUUGAAACAUGCACAAGUGCAAUACCAGCUUUGCAUUGUGGACUUGAACUGUCAAAUUCAAAGGACAAAUGCAUCAAUCUGGAUAAUAAACCAAGGCUCUAAGCAACAAUUAUUUUGUGGGGACCAAUUUGCUUCCAACAAACAAGCGUGAUAGUUUUUCAUCAGUGUGUUACAACUGUUUUUAUUGUUACAAUGCAACCACUAUAGACCAAACAAUGUCAACAUGUUAUCGUGAUGCAGAGCUUAAAAGUCACACACAACUUUUCCAAACUGCCACUGUUUGAGACCAGAAAACUAAAGACACAUAGCACAAUGAAGUGAAUGUUACAACACUGUUAAAUGUAUUCAUUCUCAGUGGAAGAAUUGGUAUGUCACUCUUUUUUAUUUUAUGAAAACUUGUUAUUACAUGAUUUCUUUCUACAAUCAACAAAAUGUAAUGUUUUAACAUUUCUCAAAUGCAAUUAUUUAAAAUGUUACAUUCAUUAUUCCAAUAUUUAAUAUUUAUCUGCAAUACUUUGUAACAAUGAAAAAGAGUUCACUAUGUGUCCAUUUUAGCUUGUUUAUUUAUUAAAUGUUUUUGACUGUUUCACUGCUGUAGUAACUUUUUAUCUAUUAAUCUAUUUCAAUGCACAUAGACUUAUUGUAUGUAAAGGCCUUGAUUACUGUAAAUGCAUAUA